CUCCCUCUGGCGUCAAACCACUCACACUUCGAAAAGAAGCUUGUGCUGGCGUUAAACAGGUUUCAAACAUCUCUUCGAUUUUGCUGAAAUCACGUACCUUUUUAGGCUUGAUUAUCUCUGAAGUCUUUCGGAAAAAAAUAGUUUUUCAAACUUUCGAAGCGCUGUUUGUUUCAAGAUCGUUCAUCACUAAAAGAGUCGAACUUGUCUUGUGACUGUUGCAUAAAGAAUUACACGCAAGCUUCAGGAUGUCUUUGACAAUGGCUCAGGGUGAGGGGGUGACUGUCCUCACCAUCAGAUCAAAUCCAAAAAGCAAAUGGCCCGUUCUGUGUCAGAUUCUGGGUGUCAUGUGCUACAGUCCAGUGUGUUUUGUAUCUCAAGAUAUGACAGGGAAGUUGAAGAACGCACAGACAGCUCUUGGGAUUGUGCAGAUACUAGUUGGAGUCAUCAAUAUCGUGGUGGGGAUUUUCCUUGCAAGCCUCGAUAUAUUUAAUGAUCUCAUGGAGACUAAAGCUCCUAUUUGGAUCGGUAGUGUGUUCCUUCUAGUUGGUAUCGUGUGUGUUCUCGCAGCCAAGUUUCCCAGUUCUUGUCUUCUGGUCAUUGCAAUGAUCCUGAGCAUAGUCAGUGCUGCACUGGCCAUCACAGCUGUUGCACUCUGUUCAGUGGACCUGGCAAUGGGAAUGAAUGUAAACUGUUACUAUUAUUCAAAUUAUAGAUACAAUGAAACACCUUCCCCUGAACAGGGGAUUGAAACGGAGAGGUGUCUGUACUACAAAAAUCUGAAUCAGAUGAUCCUCGGAGGACUAGAUAUCAUGAUGAUUAUUUUUUCAGUCCUUCUGCUCUGUGUGACUAUCAGUUUCUGCGUUUUGACUGGAAAAGCUUUAUGCAAGAAGGGUGGGGAUGCAAAGUCUGUGGAGGACCUGCAAAUUCACAAGCCACUCCUGGAAGAGGUCACUGCCAAUCCUGCAUGAUAAAAAGACAAGAUACAAAGCCAAAAAUACAUUGUUGUUUGAACAUGUUUCCAUUUAUCUCUUAAUACACAGUUUACUACAUCUGCAACACCAUUAUCAAGUUACAUGUUUAUUCCUAUAUAUUUUUUUUCACUCUCUAAAAUGUUGUUUCUGUACUUUAAAAAAAAAUUAAAAAUUAUAAAUGUGCUUUUUGGGGCUUGUUUUGUUUUUUUGGUAUAAAUAACUACAGCACUUUGGCAUGACACUUGUCCAUGUAUUUUUAUCCACUCCUGCUUACAAGUUCAGUUUAUUAAGAGUUUUCCAGGGAAUUCAUCUUUCACAACUGAUUUUGGAUAAAGCAGCUUCCUUUCAUGAUGCGUUAAGCAAGUUUAGCACGGUCACUUGCCUCAUUUGAUGUUCUGGACAUUACGUGUAAAUGGGACAGUGGGGUAAGAUGAGCCAUCAUUAUAUCGGAAAAGUAUCUCCCUUUUAGUAAUGUAAGGAUACAAACAUUAUUUCAGAAACCAAAUGACUUUCUUCUUAAAACAUCUUUUCUGGCUCUUUGCACAAUUCUACCACCAGGUGGCAUUAAGAGGUUUAAGUAUCAGCAAAUCUGUGCCACUGAAGGCAGUGCCAAGAAUAAUUGCAGUGCCAAGGCAACCAUACAGACGCCCUGAGAUAAAGUUGUCAAAAGAUGAUAGAACCAUGACACAAGCCCAUGAGGGUUCAAAACCUAUAAGUCUGACAAUAAAAGGAUCUCCUCUAAAAGGAUCUCUCAGGGUUGGGGGUUCAAGCCCCAGCACCACCAAGAUGCCACUGUUGGGCCCUUGAGCAAGGCCCUUAACCCUAUCUGCUCCAGGGGCGCCGUAUCAUGGCUGACCCUGCACUCUGACCCCAGCUUAGCUGGGAUAUGUGAAAACUAAUAAAUUUUACUGUAUAUAUACAAAAAACCAUGUGUAUAAUGUGUGACCAAAAUAAAGGAUUCUAU